GUAUGUAUUACGUACGUGUACGUUGUUAACAAAAUAAACGUAAAAUAUAUUGAUCAAGUUGCUCUGAAACUUUCCUACGUUACAACUGCCCUAAGUAUAUCAUUUUUAUCUUCUUAAACAUUGUUUGAGAAAUGCCGAUAAAAAAAAAAUAUGAUAUUUAUGGGCCAACGAAGAAUUGAUUAAAUACUUUGAAAAGUUCAAUUAAUCAGAAAGCUUAGUAAAUAGAUGAUUAAAUGACCCACCGAAAAUAAUGCGCUCACGCAGGUACAUUCCACUAUUAUAGUUUAAUCGAUAAAGUGGUUUGAAGAAAGUGAAAAUCGAAUAUUUGUAAAUAGGAAAAGAAAGAAAUAGAUAGAUAUAUGGAUAUCGUAACGUUAACAUUCGUACGAUCUAUUAAAAAAUUCAUCACAUGAUUUUGCAAGAAAAAUCACUUUCUUAUGUCGUUAAUACGAAAUGACCGAGAUUAUGUGUAUUAUGGCAUAUCGAUCGUAGAAAAACGUGUCUGCCAGUUAUAUCGAGUAUUAUAUAAAUGUUCAUGCUAUAUUCUUGUUAUUAUAUAGAUUACUAUAACAUAUUUCUAAAAUAGGAUGAACAAAAAAAAACCACAGUUGAUGUCCGAUGCUAUACGCUUAUAAUGUUAUUUAUUAUACAAGCUGUGUAUAGAGACGUUAGGAAUGAUACAUUUCAUAUAUUUUGCGUUAGCAGCAUACGCGGUAGCAUGUAAAAAAUGAUAUUUUUGUGCUAAUUAAUCGUUUCAUUUUCACUAUGUAUAUGUGUGCGCGUGUGUGUGUGUGUGUGUGCAUGUGUGUGUAUUUGCUCGAAGAAUGACGUCAAAGUUAAAAUCAUUUUUGAAUGUACCUGCUGCGACUGUUCGUCGCUUACUGCUUCUUAUAUUUGAGAAACAUAUAUUUAUCAAAUGUUUUCAUCUUCUAUGUAAUCCGUCUAAAGUACUUACUUAAAAUGCAACCCUCUAAUCAAAUCGAGUAUGUAUUUCUUUUUCGAAACGCGUUGAUAAAUGUAAUUUAUAAAUAUAAGUUGAUAAUUAAUUAAUUAAUUAAUUUUUUUUUUUUUAAUUUGAAUUUUUGAAUUAGCCUUUAUUACAUUUAUAUGUUCGAGACUGCCCCAAACUAAAAUUAUUCGUUAGGUUUUACUAUGAGCUUUCCAACGCGAACCUUUUACACGAUCAUAUUUUAAAAAUAAUGAUCCUUUACAAAAAAAGAAAAAAAAAAUAUGAAAAAAAAAAAAAUAUGAAAAAAAAAAUAUGAAAAAAAGGGAUAUAAAAAAAAGAUCAUUCCUCCCGGAUAUGCCAAUAGAAUUGUGUAUAUCGUGUAUCGUGUUAAUUGUUUAUAGACGAGUAAGUAAUUUAAUGCUGGAGUGAAUCCACUGGUCGUCCAAUCCGUAUAAUAAGAUUUUUCUAAAAAGAAGUUUGGAUCCCGCUAAAAAAAUAUUUUACGUAAUAAUGAAUUUCUUUGAAAGAAACUUUUCCGAAAAAACUGUGAUUUUUAUGCUUACGUUGUACAAAAUCGAUUCCGAUCAAUUCUUUACUAAAAAUAUCGUCUCUGUACAGUCGAUUCGCCAAUUUCAAAAUGUAUCUUUUCGAAAUAUCUAUUUAGAUCUAUACUUCUUGCGUUAACGAAUCGAUGUGUUGUACUUUUAUAAAUAUUUAAUAUGGACGUACUUAUAUUUUGUACUUGCAGUACCUUGUGAGAUUAUUAUAUUUAAUAACGCGAUUAUAAAUGAUUACAAACAAGUAUAUAUAGAAAUGGAUAAAAUUAUGAUAUAAUCUAUAAAAAAUUGUUUUUCGUCAUAAUUGUUGAAUUCUAAUCAUUGUUAAUUUUGUAUAUCUUUUUUAUUAAAAAUAACAUAAAGUUAAAAUCAUGUUCGUGAAAUGUAAUUAAUUUAUAUAAAAACACAUAGAGAUUAAUUGCAAGUCUUGCAAUUAAAAAAGUGACAAUUUUAAAUGACAACAAAUAUAUUAGAUAGCUGAGCAUACGAUAUAUCUGAUUAUUAUAAUCGAUCGAUAUUUUUUCAUAGAGAUCAACGAUUAAAGCGAAAAACAAUUGAAUUAAUAUGUACAAAUAGCUCCGAUUAAUAUUUAAUUAUUUAUUGUUAUUUGGUCCAUAAAUUCUUUUAUUAUACGUAUCUUGGAAAUAUAAUAAAAAUGAACAAUAUAGAAAAAAUAUUAUUCAUAACGUGUUAUGCAUUAUAUUAAAAAAUUUCAAGAUAAUUAAUAUGAUUUAUAAAAUGUAAUUAUGUUGUUAGUCGGAAACUGUAUGUAUAUCAUGUCAGUGUUAUAAUAUGCGUUAUACAAAGGAUGUUGUAGACUGCAGAAACCUGUUACCAAUUGGCUUAUAGCCAAGUACAAACUUGUAAUUAUUUGUUUUAUGUAUUAAAAUGAAUAAAGUUACCGUUCUAUAACAAAUAUUAAUAGAUAUAUAAAUAUUAAAAUUAUUCAGUUUUAUUAUUAUUAUUUUUAAAGAUAUUUAGUUUUUGUAUAGUGGCAGUCCUGGUUGCAUCAGGGUUAUAUACACUUGGAUAAAAUUGGUUAAGGUAUAUUAUUUUUGUAAGCGUAAAAUUUCAAAUUUAAAUAAUUAAAAAUGAGUAAAGCACAUCCUCCAGAACUUAAAAAAUAUAUGGACAAACGUCUUUCACUAAAAUUAAAUGGUGGAAGGCAUGUGAUUGGUAUUUUACGUGGUUUUGACCCUUUUAUGAAUAUGGUAAUCGAUGAGAGCGUUGAAGAAUGUAAAGGUGGUACAAAAAAUAAUAUUGGUAUGGUGGUGAUUCGAGGAAAUAGUGUUAUUAUGUUAGAGGCAUUAGAUAGAAUAUGAGUUAUAUAUAUAAAUGUACAUUUAGAUGAUACAAAAUUCCAAAUAAGUUUAACUAUGAUUUAUUAAAUAUAUAUCUGUCCAACAUA